AUGUCUCGUAGUUCUUUUCAAGAAAUCUUACCUUUUGUAAUUGAUAAUGAAGAAUUCGAAGAGUCUAUAUCUCUUCAAGUGACUUCUCAUGGGUCAAACCUUGAGAAUUAUUCGCCUGAAGAGGAAACUGACGAACGUUCAAAUUCUGGUGAUUUGGCUCCCUUGUUAUCUAACGCUUCUCGUGAGUUUGACUCAACAACUCCGGGAGAGUCAAACAGCGUAUUAGUUUUAGAUAAUGGUGAUACUUUAAGAAUGCCAAAAGAUGGUGGCUCCUUCUUUGAAAGUUUUUUAAAUAUGGCAAAUAGUAUCAUAGGAGCUGGUUUGCCAUUUUCUUUUCGUGAGUCCGGCAUAUUUGCUGGUAUCAUUCUUUUGUUAGGACUCACGUACCUUGUAGAUUGGACGAUACGACUUUUAGUUUAUAACGCUAAAUUAUCGGGACGAAAUUCUUACCAAGAAGUUAUGCAAUUUUGCUUUGGAAAGAGUGGACUGAUAAUAAUUUCCGCGUUUCAAUUAUUGUUUGCUUUUGGAGGCGAUACGCUUCCUCAUGUCAUUACAUCACUAUUCCCUAAUAUAUCAAACAUUCCGGUCCUUAAUCUUUUUACGGAUCGUUAUUUUGUUAUCAUCUUCUGUACCAUUUUCAUAUCAUAUCCGUUAUCACUUUAUCGAGACAUUUCAAAGCUGGCUAAAGCAAGUGGGUUAGCUUUAAUAUCAAUGGUCAUUAUUGUAGUGGCCGUUGUAAUAGAGGCCCCUCGUGUUGAUCCACGAUACAAGGGCGGUGAUAAGGGAACUUGGGACUUUGUACAUCCAGAAAUGUUUCAGGCAAUUGGCGUAAUUAGCUUUGCUUUCGUUUGUCAUCACAACAGCCUAUUGAUCUUUGAUUCGCUGCGUAAACCCACGCUGAAACGAUUUGCUGCAGUUACUCAUUUAUCCACGGGAAUAUCAAUGCUAGCAUGUUUAUUGGUAGCUAUAGUUGGAUAUUUGGCGUUUACCGACAAAACAGAAGGAAAUAUUUUGAAUAAUUUUCCAGAAGAUAAUGUUAUUAUAAAUAUAGCAAGGUUCUGUUUUGGAUUCAAUAUGUUUACAACUUUACCAUUGGAAGCCUUUGUUUGUAGAGAGUCGAUUGAAAUCUAUUAUUUUCCAAAUGCAUCAUUUUCAUUGAAACGUCACGUGAUCUUAACCACGAUAUUUGUUAUGGGCGCAAUGAUGGUGUCAUUAUUGACCAACGAUUUGGGUAUUGUAUUAGAGUUGACAGGUGGGUGUUCGGCAACAGCUUUAGCUUAUAUUUUACCCCCCGCAUGUUACCUUAAACUAUCAUCCGGAAAUUGGUGGAGUAGAAAAAAGUUACCAGCGGUAAUAUGUGUUGGAUUUGGGAUUGCAGUGAUGAUAUUGAGUACCGUUUUAACCCUCAAUAAAAUGAUAGAAACGAAAAUAUAA